AUAUUGAACCGGAUGAUGAAGAUACAUGGGAACCGAACCGCCCGUCUCCGAUUAGCGCAAAAACCAGUUUCGGACCGGUUCGGAGCGGUGCCUGUUUUGAUGUCUUUCUUCACCAGGUGCCUCGUACGGAACCAGAACCCGCGUGGAACUCCAUCGAUCAACCGUUCGUACCACUCUUCUUUCGAUGCCUGCGCCGCGCUGAUCGACGCUUGUGCUCGUAACCGAGCACUUCGCUCGGGAAAAGCCCUUCACGCCCAUCUGAUCGUUACGGGUCUCUGUACUUCCGCCCACAUUGCCUCCAAAGUCAUCGGGUUCUACACCGACUGUGGAAGCGCGGUUGAUGCACGACGUGUGUUCGAUGAAAUUCCUGAAACGGAUGUCCGACGCUGGACCGUCCUCCUCGGUGCCUUUGCUCGGCGUGGGUACCAUCAGGAGGCUUUCGAUGUGUUCCUCGAGAUGAGGAGGCAGGGGAUGGAACCCAACGAGUUUGUGUUGCCCAGCAUGCUCAAAGUCUGCGGGCAGCUCUCGGAUCGACGAGCCGGAGAGAAUGUGCACGCUUUGGUUCUGAAACUGUCGGUCGAAGACGAUCUGUUCAUCAAUUCCGCGCUGAUUGAUAUGUACUCUAAAUGUGGGCAAGUUCAAAAGGCGCGCACGGUAUUUGAUAUGAUGGUAGAGAAAGAUUUGGUCACAUUCAAUGCUAUGGUUUCAGGUUAUGCUCAAAAUGGCUUUGCUAAAGAGGCAAUUGGAUUGGCGGAGGACAUGAAGUCUUGGGGUCUGAAGCCAGAUAUUGUAACCUGGAAUGCAUUGAUUAAUGGGUUUUCGCAGAAGGGGGAUCCUCUGGCUGGUCGAGACCUACUCAAGUCAAUGAGCUUUGCUGGUAUUGAGCCGGAUGUGGUGUCUUGGACUUCUAUUAUAUCUGGACUCGUACAGAGUUCCCAACACGAAGAUGCUUUUAAGACAUUAAAGGAGAUGAUGGCUUGCAGGGUUUACCCCAAUUCGGCCACCAUUAGUAGUCUCUUGCCUGCUUGUGCUACAUCUGCCAAUGUGAGGCUUGGGAAGGAAAUGCAUGGUUAUGCAGUUGUGCUUGGAGUGGAGAACGAUAUCUUUGUGAGAAGCACUCUUCUUGACAUGUAUGCGAAAUGUGGUCUUAUAACCGAAGCCAAGUUGUUAUUCUAUAAUAUGUCUGAAAAGAAUGCAGUCUCUUGGAAUUCCAUGAUCUUUGGGUUGGCUAGCCAUGGUUAUUGUAGCGAAGCAAUUGAAACUUUCACUCAGAUGGAGAAGGAAGAUAGUAAGAGGGUCGAUCACCUGACCUUCACGGCAGCUCUCACUGCUUGUAGUCAUGGAGGUAUGAUUGAACUUGGACAGAGUUUGUUCCACAAGAUGCAGGAAGCUUACAAGAUAGCGCCAAGGCUUGAGCAUUAUGCUUGCAUGGUGGAUCUUCUUGGUCGAGGUGGAAAACUAUCGGAAGCUUAUGACUUUAUUGAGGCAAUGCCUGUGGAACCUGACUUGUUUGUCUGGGGAGCCCUACUAGGGGCAUGUAGGAACCACGGGAACUUGGAACUCGCAGAAAUAGCGGCUCGGCAUCUUUCAAGCCUUGAGCCUGGAAAUGCCGGGAAUAGUAUGUUGCUGUCUGAAUUAUAUGCCAAUGCCAGUAAUGAUUGGAAUGCAAGGUUAAGAAUGAAAAGAAGAAAACUGAUUAAGUUUCUUGGUUCUAGUUGGAUAGAGUCUGUCUGAUGCUCAGAGACAGCUUGAAGUGAAUGCUACUAUGUUAUCUCCAUCCUGAGAAUGAAAAAGUUUACUCUUGCACAUUAAAACAGGUGCAAUUACAAUCAGUUACAACUACAUUGUUACAACUCAGUACGGGACUGCUGUGGAAGAUCAGAUGACGAGCAGAGAUAAUUGGUGAUUCCAUCGGAUGGUUCAGAUCAAGUGCGACCAUUUGAAUGGGGAGAUAGGGAAACUGAGAACUUGCCAAGAAAAAAGAUAGAUCUAUUGCGCUGGUGUUAAUUUGAAGAAGAGGAAAAGAAGUAAGCAGAGAGGGAACGAGAAAAGAAAGAAAUCAAGAGAGAGAGGAAGGGUUUUGGUUCGGCAAGCCACGGGCAACUCGACACGCAGAAUCAAUGUCGUUUUGAAGCGCUCGGUAAGAAUUUGAAGUCUUGAUUUCUUUAAUCGAAGAUAAUUUCUUAGUACAGAUGUAAUUUAGGAUUGUGUUGUAUUUUGAGUUGCUAGGUUGGUUCUCGAGGUUGGUGAAUUGAGAAAUCAUGUUAUUAAGAAAUUGCAGGGUGUCGUGAGCGUGUAAAAUUCUAUAGAAAUUGAUUUUUUGUGUACAGUUCGGUCAGAGUGAAAUUUUGGAGUUUAUUGCGCAUUGUUCGUACCAAAUUUGAAGUGUUGUGUUUGGUGCCAAUUUUGACCCGCUUCUGGCCAUCUUUUAGUGUGUCAAGUUAAUUUACCAAUGACUCCGGACCCUCUUGAAACGAGCAUAGGUAAAGUUCAAGAAAACGGUUUUAAAUUCGGCGCAUGAGCUAUUGCAGUACAGCGGACAACAGCGGUAGUUGUUCUGCUUUGGGUGAGCUUUUUGUUGGUUGUCAGAGUGGCUUUGUCACCAAAUAAGCUUAGUUUUGUCAAAUCUUAGUUAAGGUCGUUAUUUCCUUGAUUUUGAUAUACAUUUGUCACUUAAUUGAUUAGAUGUAGAGUUAUUUCACUCAAGCUACUUCAAAUUUUCAGGAGAGUGGUGCUUAUGUUUUAAAGGAAUUGUGAAUUCAUGUCUUGAAAAUGAUAGAAAAGAGGCAUCACACAAUAUGAUUUACAUUAAAAAGAGAAAAAGGUUUGUGGUACUUAGAGUAUAUUUUGUCGCAUCAAGCUAGAUCAUACCCUUUUGGUUAUUUGAACUGGCAUAGUAAAGCAUUUCUUGAAAUUAGUUGAUUAUUUCUAAAAUGGUCGGAGAAAUGCUAUCUAAAAUGUAUGUUGCUUGAUAAAUUGAACUGGGAAAAGUUAUAGGUUUCGGUUUGUGUUCCGAUUUAUAAAAUAGAUUUUGGAUUGGUUUUGUGAGUUGUUGGAAAAUGAGUUGGUGGUUUUAUGCCCUUAUUUAAGUGCUAAACCCAUUUGAGAGGUUAUGUACGCAUAAUGUCACCGGACGCCCUGUUUGGGCCAAGACACCGACUGAUAUAGGUGGAGACUUACGCCAAGGGAGGAAUAAUCGUUGUCAUGGGACGUUAAACGUGAACAUAGUUUGAUAGUAAGCACUAUCUAUAUUGAUUGAUGGACUGAAUCAUUGAUGUCUGCAUUAAUAUUGUUGAUCAAAUAGAUAUAUUUGAAGUGAUAUAACUCGUCUUUGAUCUUGCACGUAUAUUAUAUACUAGAUUUGGAUAAAUGUGUUUGGAUACCAUUUGUAAAUAUAUAAAAUAAAUGCUCAAUUUGCUUAGAAGAGAUUUAUACUACUCAUCAAGCUGUGAUUUUUGC